AUGGAAUUGGGUGUUGAAAAUGUUGAGACAUUUGGAUGUAGAGUCAACAAGAAGGGUACUUUUUACAUGUUAAAUACUGAUUCUGAUGUUUUAAACUUUCUGAAUGGUUUGAAGAGUGUUGAUUUUGUUGAUGUAUAUGUUGUACAUCCCAUUAGUAUACCUUUAGUUGUAGAGGAGAUACUUGUAUUGCCUAGCACUAAUGCUGAUGUGUCCUCAUCUCCACAACAAGAUAAUGCUGAUGUGGAUUUAAACCAAAAUCAGCCCCCUUUAGUUGAAGAGCAGUCCCCUUUAGUUGAAGAACAAGCCCCUGCCCCUAGAGUUGAAGAACAUUCUGAUUCUGAUUCACUCUAUGAUAUUGAUGAAAAUAUUGAUGAUUUGAGUGAUUUGGAUGAGGAGUUGCUUCAAGCUAGGCAGUCUAAUAUUCAAGAACAAGUUAAAGAAAAGACUGCUAGAGUAAAUCUAGAUGAGAUACCAUCUGGUCCUGUAGGUAUAGAUGCUGGUUUUGAAGACAUUUAUAAGGAGAAGAGGGGGAGAUUUGAAGGCAAUUUGGGUGGUGAUGACCCUUAUUUUGAUAGCUCAGAUCCUGGUAGUGACAUUAGUGAAGAUGAAGGGGAUCCUGUUGAGAAUGAUGAAGUGGUAGAUCCAGCACCUAGGAAGGAAAGUACAAAGAUCUACUUUGAUCCAACUGCUAAAAAGGUUUUAUUUCAACUGUAUAUGGUAUUUUUGAAUCACAUAGAGUUCAGGGAGGCACUGCAAACUUACUCUAUUCAGAAGGGUGUUAAUAUUAAGUUGAAACCUAAUGAGAAGGAAAGGAUAAGGGCAAAGUGUAAUAAAAAAGGUUGUCCUUGGCAUAUUCUUGGAAGUAUUGAUGGUAACACUGGAAAUUUCAGUGUUAAAACAUAUUUUCCUGUCCAUAAGUGUUUUAAAAGAACAAGAAACAAACUGUGUACCCCCAUUUGGAUUAGUAAACAUUACAAGGAGAGGAUUAUGAGUGAGCCUACCAUCAAACUACAUCAGAUUCAGUUUUUGAUACAAAAGCAAUAUGGUUUGUAUGUUAGUAAGACAAGUUGUAGAAAGGCAAAACUGAGAGUUAUGAAUGAACAUAUGGGAGAUUUCAGAGAGGAGUUUGCUAGGUUGUAUGAUUAUGCUGAGCAAUUAAAGACCACAAAUCCUGGAACUACUGUAUCUAUUAGGACAUCCAAGAACACAAUUCCAGGAAAAGAGGUGUUUAUGAGCAUCUAUAUUUGUCUUGGUUCCUUAAAAAUUGGAUGGAAAGAAGGGUGUAGAAGGAUUAUUGGUUUAGAUGGUGCAUUUCUUAAAAGUGUAUGUAAAGGUGAAUUGUUAUCUUGCAUUUCCAAAGAUGGAAAUAAUCAGAUGUACCCUAUAGCAUGGGCAGUAGUUGAUAAAGAAACCAAGGACACAUGGUCUUGGUUUCUCAAGUGCAUCAAACAUGAUUUGGAGCUUACAGAAGGUGAAGGACUAACAGUGAUGUCUGAUAUGCAAAAGGGUCUUCAUCUUGCACUUAUUGAUGUAUUGCCAAAUGCUGAAAUUAGAUGGUGUGCUAGGCAUAUAUGGGCAAACUGGAAGAAAGACUGGAGGGGUGAAGAAAGGAGAAGAAAAUUCUGGCAGGUUGCCAGGGCAUCAUUUGAGGUACUUUUACAGUCCAAACUUGAUGACUUGAGUGAGUUAGGAGUAGGCAUUGUAGAAGCUUUGUUAAAGUAUAACAAAGAAGCAUGGUGUAGGGCAUAUUUUAAAGAACAUAGCAAGUGUGAUGUGGUUGAGAACAACAUGUGUGAGACUUUCAACAGUUGGAUUUUAGGUGCUAGGUUCAAAUCAAUAAUCACUAUGCUAGAGGAAAUAAGAGUCAAAGUUAUGGAAAGAAUGAAUCACAUGAGAGAAUUUUCAGAAAAAUGGAUUACUGAUGUAGCACCAAUGGCUAUGGAUAUUCUUAGAAAAAAUGCUGAAAUUGCAGAUAAUUGUGAGGUAAAGUUUAAUGGUGAUCUUGGCUUUGAGAUUCAUGAUCCACCAUAUAAACAUAUUGUUGAUCUAAAAAAGAAGGUGUGUAGUUGUAGGUCAUGGCAAUUAAAGGGAAUUCCUUGUGGCCAUGCACUUACAUUAAUUCAUUAUAAGGAUUGGGUUGUUGAUACAUUUGUUGAUCACUGGUAUAAGAAGGAAACAUACUUGAAAGCAUAUAAUAGGUUUAUUCAACCUAUGACAAACAUGAAGAUGUGGCCAAAAAGUGAUAGACCAGCCAUUGAACCACCUGAAAUUACAGCUAUGCCAGGAAGACCAGGAAAAAAUAGGAGAAAAGAUAGUGAUGAGCCAGUUAAGAAGAAGUUUGGAAAGGCUACAAGAAAGGGAAGAAAAAUGAAAUGUUCUGUGUGUAAGACUUUUGGACAUAACAAGAAAGGAUGUCCAACUCUGAAAAAUGUUGCUGCUGGAACAAGUGCUGCAACUUCAAAUGUUGCUGCUGGAACAAGUGUUGCAAGUGCUGCAACUACCGGAAGCCAGUCAAGUGUAAAUGCAGGUCCAAGUGCAGGUCCAAGUGCAUGUCCAAGUGCAGGUCCAAGUGCAUGUCCAAGUGCAGGUCCAAGUGCAGGUUGCACUCCAAGUGCAGGUUGCACUCCAAGUGCAGGUUGCACUCCAAGUGCAGGUUGCACUCCAAGUGCAGGUUGCACUCCAAGUGCAGGUUGCACUCCAAGUGCAGGUUGCACUCCAAGUGCAGGUUGCACUCCAAGUGCAGGUUGCACUCCAAGUGCAGGUUGCACUCCAAGUGCAGGUUGCACUCCAAGUGCAGGUUGCACUCCAAGUGCAGGUUGCACUCCAAGUGCAGGUUGCACUCCAAGUGCAGGUUGCACUCCAAGUGCAGGUUGCACUCCAAGUGCAGGUUGCACUCCAAGUGCAGGUUGCACUCCAAGUGCAGGUUGCACUCCAAGUGCAGGUUGCACUCCAAGUGCAGGUUGCACUCCAAGUGCAGGUUGCACUCCAAGUGCAGGUUGCACUCCAAGUGCAGGUUGCACUCCAAGUGCAGGUUGCACUCCAAGUGCAGGUCUAAUUAGUGCUCAACAAUCAACUUCUAGUGCAGGUGGCCAAAAAAGAAAGACUAGCACAACUUUGAGAGGUGGUGCAACUCUUGCAUAUAAGAAACCAAGACCAAAAAAAGCAAAGACAACUGGUUAUGGUCUCUUAUUUGGAUCAGGUGGCAGUGUAACUGCGAGGUCUGGAAAUACUGAUAGGGUAUUACGUAGUGCUACAUUGUCAAGUUCAACUCCUACCAAUAUUGAUCUUGGUUACAAACCCAAUGGACUAAGGUGGAAGGGAACAACUGCAAUUACUCAAAGACAGCUACGGGAUGAGAGUUACAGAAGCACUCAAGGCACACCAAGCACUCAAGGCACUCAAGGCACACAUUAG